CAUUCAGAGGCCUCUCAAGGCCCCCUCCUCCUGGAUAAACCUAUUCAGUUGCCUCCCAUUUUCCUCAGGGGAGAAAAAGAGGAGUCUUUUUCCCAGAAUACGCUGGGACCAGAGCCAAGUCUACAGUCAUCCAGACUAGAGCUCCAGCCUCACUCACAGCCAUGCCACACAGGAGCAACUCAGGAGCCCCUGAAAGUUUCCUGCAGUAGCCUGGGAAACACCCAGAGCAGUGAGAGCCUGGGACAGAGACCAGGCUGGCCCAGGCUGAAGGAAUGCAGCAAUGCCAGCCUGCUGAGCAGCGGGUAUGCGGGCGAUGAGGAGAACAGCGAGGCCAGCCUGGCGCGCAGCCCCCGAAUCGUGCGUUGGAAUAAAAGGCUCCACCUCAAGGUAGGCGGCACCCAGCCUUGCCAGCUGUGCACCACAUCCUCUCCCAGCCACGUGGACAGCCAACUGACCAGUACAGCCCACAGCAGCACGCAGACUGGAGCAGAAAAGUGAGAACAGCCUGCCGGGCAGCUGCGGCAGCAGCCUGACCAGCAUCAGCUUCCUCAGCCCGGGCAGCAGCAUCCUGACCUACCAGGUGAGCAGCGGGCUGCUCAGUUCCAUGGGCAGCCGUCCCUCCAGUCAGGCCAGCAGCUGCCAAAGCAUCAGGGUGGAUGACAGCAUGCAGAGUGGGCCGACUAGCAGCACCAACGUUCAGGAGGACAAGACAGGGGGUGACAUGAAAAAUAGUGACCAGGUCACCAAGGCCGAGCAGCCUGCCUCGAUGGGCAUACCUUUAUAAGAUGACUCCGCAGCCACUGGAUGUCUACUGAAAACUGCAGACAAGAGGGCCCAAAAAACCCACACUGAAUUCACCCAGAGGGAUUAUUGCCAAGACAGGUAGGAAAGGCCUUUAAAAAGUGUACACUGACCAUGUCCAAAAUCAUCAAUGGUUAGUUCCAUCUGUAGCAACAAUCAUCAGCAGGCAGAUCACAUGUAGCAAGAACUAUUGAGCUGAACCCUACCUAUACUGAGAAUCUUUGUUUCUGAGAAGAGCCAUGUCAAUAGCCACCAGUGCUGGGACCACUGUAUCAGAACCACCCAUGGACCUAACAUCAGUAUGAACUUAGUAUGAACCUCAGUAAUGGGCCGUCCAUAGCAAGAUCCAUCAGAGGCAAAAUCUCUGCAGGGGGCACCAUCAUAAGACCACCUGUACCAAAGUACAUAAGUGGUGACAACUUUCAAGAAGGAAGUGCCAGAUUUGUUAACAACCAUUGGAAGUUAGAACCUUCCAUGAGGAAGUCAUCUAAGUGCUGAACGCCAUCUACAACCAACACCAACCAUGACAAGCUCUAAACAAGGACCAACCAUGGUUGGGCUGUCCAUGUCAAGAACCGAGAACAGCUUCAGUGAGCCCCAUGCAUGGGGAGCUGCACUUGGUCCCUACCCAGCUCUGUCACACAUACUGUCCACAGUGGGCAUUGCCCAUGUGAGCUACAACAUGACAACCAUGGUGAACAGGGAGCUCCUCCAUGACUCUAAGCACCUGCGGAGGCACAACCCUCAAUGACGGUCACCAGGAGAGACCAUCAGGAGCAGCUAUGAGUGGACCAGUCCCCAGGAGUAGCAUCUACAGUGGACACUUGUAAGGGCUGUGCCC